GGAGCGGCAUCACUGCUGUCAUUUGCCAAUACCGCCCCCUUUAUAUUCAAUCCCCCAACUUCUCCCACCUCCCCCAUCCCACCUCUUCUCUUCUCCCAAGUCCCAACUCAAAGGCAAGCGCAGACCCAGCUCAGCUCAGGCAACAACAAUCAGAUCACACACAGGCUGCCUAAUCCUGCUCUUCGUUGGCGGUUUCUGUGCAGCCCGCCGAGCUCUUGCGAGAAUAUUGCAAUGGCGUCCACGUCGAGCUCGACGGCGGUGGACGAGAGGGAGCGGAAGCGGAAGAGGGCAGCCGGGGGUGAUUCCACAGCGUCCGCCGGCCCGGGGACGGAGGCGCAGCCUUCCAAGUGGCGGACGCAGCGCGAGCACGAGAUCUACUCGUCCAAGCUCUUCGAGGCGCUCCGCCUUGUCCGAGGCGGGUCAUCGUCCGCGUCGACGGCGCCGGCGCGUGGCCGGGCCGUGCGGGAGGCCGCCGACCGCGCGCUCGCGGUGGCGGCCCGCGGGCGCUCGCGCUGGAGCCGCGCCAUACUCGCCUCCCGCCGCCGCCGCCUGCAGGCAGCCCACCGCGCGCGCCUCCGCGCCCCAGCCACACCACCCGCGCGCCACCCCUCCGUCGCUGCCGCCGCGCAGCCGCAGCCGGGGAAGGCACCGGCGCUGGCGAAGAAGGCGAAGGUGCUCGGGCGGCUGGUUCCCGGUUGCCACAAGCUGCCGUUCCCGGCGCUCCUGAGCGAGGCCUCCGACUACAUCAAGGCGCUGGAGAUGCAGGUGCGCGCCAUGACCGCUCUAGCCGAGGUCCUGGCGAGCGUCUCCUCGUCGUCAGCCUCCGGCAGCUCCUCCUCGCCGGCAUGACCCACGCUUCGUGCAUGAUUCGUGUAUUCGUUGUAAAUUUCACCCCAUCUUCCUCGUGGGUUGGAUUAGUUAGCCUCUCCUCUCUAGUGUGUCCUCUUGUUUCUCAGGUUGGUUGAGCGGUUAGUGUGUUGGUGAUAAUGAUGGCACUCUGGUGAUUUAAACCGUGCUGUAAUGCCUCUCUCUCUCUCUCUCGCUGUCUGGUUUUUUUUUUUGAGGUAUCUCGCUGUCUAGUUGUGGAGGCACAUUCGUUUUGUUCUAUUCUCUUCUCGCUUGGCUUUCUCCAUCUCCUCGGGAUUCUUUCGUGUGUUUGUUUCUUUUGUUCUCUUUCGAUCCCUUCUCUGAUAAAUGUAACAGGCAUGGAUAAAUGUUCAGAGCGCUCCCUUCGUCGA